GCAGCCCUGCAUGGCAAUAUUGAAAUCGUUGAAUUACUCCUUGAUCGGAACGUAGCCGUUGGAUUUGCGUUGCAAUGUGCCAUUAAAUCUGGCCGCAAAGAUAUCGUGACGGCUUAUCCUUUCCAAGCGGCCUGAAAUGGCAAUUGACGAAACACUGCAAGUACCUAAUUUAGCAGAAAACUACCAGCAUUGGGACCAAGUAAGAUGGCCGGAGCAAAGGGAAGCUGUUAAAAGUCCCCUUGCUCUCGCGAUGGCUUGGGGAAACGAGCCCAUAAUCGAGCUGCUCUUAGAGCAUCACGCAACAGCCAAAUGGCCUGAGCCUAGUGCGGCAAUCAUUCUCCAAGCACUAUCAGGUAACAAAGCUAACGUCCGGCGGCUACUUACCAAUCGUCACGGGGCCUCUAGCUUACAGAGUGGGUUAGAUCUGGGAGCAAAUGCUCUCUAUGCUGCUCGUGCGGCUGCCGCUAGCGGGCAUGUCGACAUUGUCAACAUGAUGCUCCAACUCAUUAGUCCUUCAUCAGACACGCGCCUCAGCUAUCUGAGAGAAAUAGCUCAUGAGGCAGCCGAACAUAAUCAUCCUAAGAUUCUUGACAUCAUCAAUAAAACGGCAUCACCUGCCGAGCGAGAGCAUAUAGCCGGGAUCAAGUUCCUGGUAGCUGCGCGCCACAGAGAUUCUUAUAAGAUUAUAACUGAAGAGAUAGAUGGUCCAUUCCACAGGGUUCUUGGCAGGAUUAAAAACGAAGAGAGAGAUGUCAUUGAUCUAUACAGCCCAUCAGAGGUUUCCCAGGUAUACCUUGAGAAAGCCCUCCGGGAGGCCUUUGGAAAUUUAAACCUUGGCACAGGACGCUUGCUUCUCGAACACCCCUCCUCGGCCCAAAUCGUCAAGGUCAUGCCUGAUAUUCUUCAAGUGGCUAUGAGCCCGAGCUAUAGACUCCGCUGGCGCAGAAAUACGAGUCCUACUGAAUCCAAACAACUCCAAGAGAUCGUGCACAUGCUCAUUGGCCUUGGAGCUGAUGUGAAUGGGUUAGAUAAACACAUGCGACCACCUAUACACUGCGCUUGCGUGCAUGGGCUUGUGGACACGUUCCAGGCUCUCAUUGAUCAUGGUGUUAGCAUUUCCGAAGACAAAGACAAUUCCCCGGGCCCGUGUGAAGAGAGUGAUGGCAACUCGCAUAGAAACAGCGAUGGAGAUGGCGUUAAUCUUCUCAAACUAACACUGGACAGCAUCAACCUCCAAGCAGGCGCCCAGAAUAUAUGCGAAAACUGGGGGCGCAUCGUCUUCAAGCUUCUUGAUAAUGGAUCGCGCAUUGAACCCAAUUACGAAAGUCUGGGAAAUCUUCUGUACGCUAUCGCUGAAUUCGGAGAUAUCGAGUUACUCGAGAAGCUCUUCAAGUACGGCGUCAACCCUAACUUACCCGUCAAGUCUCGGAAAUACGAUGAACACUUCGGCUCCGCGAUCAAUGUUGCCGCAGUGAAGGAUGAUGUUGAAAUCGUCAGAAGUCUGAUCAAACACGGCGCCGACGUAUCAGCCGAGCGAUGCUGCCUCCGCCCUUAUGAAAAAAAGAUCAACGCCACACCGAUCCAGGCAGCGCUGCAAUGGGGCCAUGAAUGGAGAAAAUGGGAUCGCUUUUGGCAGAUUUGCGAAUUACUCAUUGAGGCUGGGGCAGGGGACGAGGACUGUCGGUCCGUCCUUAAAGCGGCCAGCGAGCGCGGUAAUGUGGUCUUCACUGAACAAUUGCUCGAACGAGGGAUUUGUCUUUCCGAAAUGCCGAUUACGCAAUCCCUAGAUAUCAUCAAGCUCCUCGUCGAGCAUGGCACGCCUAUCGAUUCGCCCACAGGCAGGGCAGUCGAGCUGCAACGCCAAGCUAUGAAAGCAGGAUCAUGUGAAUUACUAGAAUACCUAAUCACAGAAACAGGACAACUACUGUCAGCCGGUCAAUUGAUCGACGAGGGAUUUACCCGGUUUUCGAAAAGGCAAGCCGAGGAGCAGAAGAGGGCUCUAGUCUUCCUGCUGCAGAAGGGGUAUAUUUCUCUCAACGAGCGCUGUCGGUGUACCUGUGGAAAAGCCUGGACAAAUCUCCUCCAGAAAUUGAUCGCUGGCGGCAUUCCAGACCUCGUUGCAUACGUCCUUUCCGAAGGCGCCGAUCCGCAAUGUCCGGGGUGUCCAGACACGGCUAUGACCGUGCUAUUCAAGCAUGCUGGUGAGUACUACGACAAGAACGAAUUCAUCGCAACGGCCGAGAAGCUCCUUGAGCACGGAGCUAGCGUCGACGGGAUAAGGGAUGUAUCACUAGACCACGAUGCGCCGGACCAGACUCCUCUUCUCUUCGCCCUGGCUAGGUCGGACUGGAAUAUGGUGGAGUUUCUGAUUAGUCGCGGAGCAGAUGUUAACAGAGGCGUUAUAUCCCCUUUGACAUUAGCGUACUGGGCUAGGGAGAAGAAGAUUGAGUUUGUAGAGUUACUUAGGUCGAAGGGUGCGGUGACGAGACCGCUAGGCCAGGUUGAUGUUAUGGCGCUUCAUGCUGAGCUGCGGAAUGGGUUGCCUUGGUUGUCAUACCAGUAUCGAUGGGAUUGCCGGUGGGGAGGAAAGGAUCAUUGCUGAAUGUCUUUAUAUGUGAGCAAUCGCAGAUAUGUUUUACAGCUCGUCACUCUUUUUACGACGACACAGCUCGUACUUUCGCGCCACUGUUUAUACUCGCUUAGAUGGAGGUGUCGGCUCUAUGCAACGGCUUCCUUACAUUCCUUGAAAACAUAGAUAUAGGAGAUCACAGCGUGUGUACUAGUUUCUUGAACCUGUUGCCUUUCUAGCCUCGCUCCGAACAGACGAGCAAAUUGCUACAUGGCUCGAUAGAUGUAU